GGGCUUUGGGCACUUCAGCGAGCACUUCGGCCAUUCCGCCGCGGGCCGUUCGGGCGCGAUGGGGCCCUUUCUCGGUCGGAGACGCGCGCUAUGCGGCGAUGGGAGCCGCCGAAGUUGGAUGUGGUCACCAGGAAGGUGAAGAAACUCGGCCUGCAGAGCUGCUGGGCUGAAGCGGUGCGGCUACUUGCGGAGCUCCAGCGCCUUACGCAGCUGGACAUCGUGGCCUUUGGUGCUGGCAUCGGCGCCUGCAGCCGCGCGCGGGGAGGUGUUGCGUGGCCUUGGGCGCUGUGGCUCUUCGAGGAGGCCAAGGCGCUCUUUCCCCCAAGUCCGGAACUGCUGGGAGCGGUGAUCUCGGCUCUGGGCAAGGCGGCGCGGUGGCAGGAGGCGUUGAAUUUGUUCAUGCAUGAGGGGCAGGUGCCGCGGAACGCGGUGAUGUGGAGCGCCCUGGUGAGCUCUGGCCCCGCCGUGCUCGCAGGACCGCUGAUCCAGGAGGCAGCCUCGCAAGCGAUUCGGCUCGACACCAUCAGCUACAACGCAGCCAUAAGCUGCUGCGACAAAGGCAGCAGGUGGCAGAGCUCGGUGGAGCUCUGGGAAGAUCUUCGGAAGGUGGGUCUUUGGCCGCAGGUUCGGACCCUCAACUGCUGCAUUGCGGCCUUCCGCAACUGGGAGGCGUCCCUGCGGGUCUUGGGCUCCUUGCGCGUCUUGCAGCUCCAGCAGGAUGAGGUGACGCGGAACGUGAUACUCGGCGCCUGCGGAUCUCGGUGGUCUUCGGUGCUCGCGGCGUUGGAGGGCGCCUCUGGGAGCCUCAACAUCGCCCUGGCCUCCUGCGGCCGCGCAGGGCAGUGGCAGGCUGCCAUGCUGCUGUUGGACGCUGGGGAUCCAGACGAGGUCACCUUCACCAGCGCGGUGAGCGCCAACGAGGGCAGGCAGUGGCCAAAUGCCGUGGCGCUGGCACAGCGGUUGCGCUCCAGCGGCCUGCAGGUCUCAGUCCAGCGCCCCGCGCUGAACGCGGCCUGCGCUGCGCUGGGGCGGCAGCACCUCUGGCGCACAGCGCUGCAGCAGCUGCAAACCAUGGCCUUCUGCGGGGAAGCGCUUCCCAGCCUCGCUCCAGAUGCAGCGACCUUCGGCGCGGUGCUUUCUGGCUGCCGUAGCGCGCGGCAGCUGAAAAUUGCAAUGGAGGUGCUGAAGGCCAUGCGGCGCCGCGGGCUGCGCGUGUCGCUGGCGGCCCUGGGCGCGGUGGCGGCGGCCUGCGAGAGCGGCCGCAACUGGGGGCAGGCCUUUGACUUGCUUGGAGGUGCUCUGAGUGACGGCCUGGCCUUGGAUUUGUCCUUGUGCAGCUCUGUGAUGAACGUCUGCGAGGAGGGCCCCUGGAGCCGCGCGCUGGGCCUCUUUGCGCAGCUCAACAAGCACCGCCUGAGGCCGGAUUUGGGCGCCUUUGGGUCUGCGCUCAGCGCGUGCAAAGACGGCCUCUCCUGGGACAACGCGCUGCAGCUCAUGGGCCAGAUGAGCCACGGGCGUGUGCGCCACGACGUGGCCGCUCUGAGCUCUGGCAUCGCCGCCUGCGAGGCUCUGGCCUCCGAGGGCAGCUGGCAGCACGCCCUGCUGCUUCCAGGUCUCCUGGGGGCUGGGAAUGCGGUGUCCCUGGAGGCCCUGCUCCGCGUGUGCCGAUCCGUGAAGCAUGUCCCUCGGCUCCUCGCGAGCAUGAGGGCCUGUGCGUCCUCGCCCCUGAGAAAGGCCCCCGAGGCGGCGCACAGUUUGAUCGUGUUGGAGGUCUUAGCGGACCAAGGGGCGGUGGAUGGCGAGCUUCAGGCGGCCUUCGUGCGCCAGCAGCGGCCCCUCCUGGCGCGGCUGCUGGCUCUCCAAGCGACGCCACUGGAAGGCCGGGAGCCAAUUCUCGAGAGGCAGACGAGCCUGGGCCAAAGUCUCACGCUCUUCGGGGCGAUUUGCCCCUGGACCCCGCAGGCCCGGCGCGGGGCGCGGCGGAGCUCGGCUCCGGCGGCGAAGUCGGCGCCGGCGGCGGUGGAGAUCUUGGCGUGGCACGGCGCCGCGGUGGAGGUCAGUGCCGUGCCUCUGAAGUUCCUUGGGCGGCUGUGCCACUACGAUCCGAACGGAGAAGGCGCCGAUGUGCGGCGUCUGAUCCCCACCUUCGUUGGCCAUGACCGGGCAGCCCAUGCCGAACGAGUGGCGCUUUUGCGUUUGCUGAAGGCUGUGAUGGCGCCCACGUUUCACCUCUAGGGUCCCCUCCCGUUCCGCCGGUUCCUCCGUGCCCCGGGCCGGUCACCGGUCUGGGCCUAUUUGGCC